AUGCCUGCAGAUGUCUUUGCCAUGGACAGUAUAAGCACAGCCAUGCUGCUCCUGCUUCUGGUUCUCACCUCUCUGUUCGACCCUCAGCUCAAGGAGCCAGGGCCAGCUGACCCCAGGCCCCUCCUAUUCCUGUGAAACUUGGUGCAGUGUCACUUGCAUGACAUGCUGACCUCUCUCAUCAAGCUGAGCAGGGAGUAUGGCUCUGUGUAUGCAGUGCACCUGGGGCCCAGGCCAGUGGUGGUCCUCAGUGGGUACCAAGCCAUGAAGGAGGCCCUCAUGGACCAGGGAGAAGAGUUUAGUGGCAGUGGCAGCUACCACACCUUUUUCAACUUCCCUGAGGACAAUGGCAGCACGUUCUCCAAUGGGGAGCAGAAGGUCCUCAGGAAGUUCUCUAUCCAGAUUCUGUGGAACUUUGGGAUGGGGAAGAGGAGCUUUGAAGAGCAGGCCAUGGAGGAAGGCAACUUCCUGCUGGUGGGCUGUGGGAAACUGGAGGUGGGGCCCUUUGACCCCACGUUUGCGCCCACCCGCUCAGUGUGCAACAUGAUCGGCUCCGUGGUCUUCGGCAGCAGCUUCGACUACAACCACGAGCGUCUGCUCACCAUUAUCCACCUCCUCCGUGACAACUCUCAAAUCCUGACCAGCCCCAGGGGCGAGUGGUACAUCUUUCCUAGCCUCCUGGGCUGGGUGCCCGUGCACCGAAGCCUUUUCCAGAACUUCGGGCGCAUUAAGGGCCUCACUGCCCGCAGCGUCCGCGACCACCGGGUCUCUCCGGACACCAGCUCUCCCUGAGACUUCAUUGACUGCUUCCUCAUCAAGAUAGAACAGGAGACCAAGGAUGCGCUGAGCCGCUGCCACAUGGACACCCUUCUGACGACCACACGCAACCUUCUCUCUGGUGGCACAAAGACCGUGAGCUCCACGCUGCCGCGCACUCCUCCCAGUGCAAAAGCUCUGGAAGGCUGCAUGGCCACGCCUUACACAGAUGCCAUGAUCCCCAUGGUGCAGCGCUUUGCAGACAUCAUCUGCACAAACUUGCUGCACCACAUCAUUCAGGACACGACCUUUCUGGGCUUCCUGCUACCUGAAGGCACCGAAGCCAUCGCCCUCCUCCACACAGUCCACUACAACCCCAGCCAGUUCCUGACACCCCAGGAAUUCAACCCUGAGCAUUUUCUGGAUGCCAAUCAGAAUUUCUAGAAAAGCCCUGUCUGCAUGCCCUUCUCAGCCGGUGAGGAAUGUUGGCUCUGCCUGAGCGAGUCCUUGGGGCGCAUGGAGUCCUUCCUCUACCUCAUUACCAUCCUGAGGAACUUCUCGCUGCAGCCACUGGGGGCGCCAGAGAACGUCGACCUGACCCUGCUCAGCUCAGGACCCAGCAUUUUGCCACGGCCCUUCCAGCUGUGCCUGAGCUCGAUGAGACCUGAGCCCUUCCAGAUUCGCAUGCAGCUGGGCCCGCGCCCCGCAGUGGUGCUGUGCGGCUAUGCAGCGCUGUGGGGUGCAUUGGUGCUGCACGCGGACACCUUCUACAGGCGCUAG